UCGCAGCUACUAAGCAGACUCAGGCCCGACAGCAGUUGCCAGGGAACGAAUGAAAACAAAUGUCAUGUCCCUGCAGUCUGAGCAGCUUUAUUUACGACUAUCCUCUGGGGCCGGAGAGCUGUUGUUGCCCUUUGUCUCUUUCCUGGCUUUUGAGCUGAAGCUGGCAGCCACAUUAAUGCGGUUAAUUUGCUUUGUCAUGGAACAGCAGGUGAUAUUGUUACCUGCAUUUUAUCCAAGGAGAAAGGCAGCAUCAUGGCCAAGGGAAAGAAAGGCAAAAGACAGAAUAAAAGUAAGACGAUCAACUUGAAAAUGGCUCAGAACUGCGUGGAGCUGACGCUGGACGGCAAACGCCGGCUGGACCUCAGCUUCAAAGAGAUCUCUGUGGUGCCCAAGUGCAUCCAGACGCUGUGCGAAAUGGAUGAACUGGACCUGAGCAGGAACCUGAUCACAAAGAUUCCAGAUUUUAUUGACUCCUUCAUCACCAUCCGCGUUUUGGAUCUGCACAGCAACUACCUGGAGGAGCUCCCUGCAACUAUUGGCCGCCUCCAGAACCUGCUGGUUUUAAACCUGUGUAACAACCGUCUGACAAGCCUCCCCUGUGAAAUCGGCCUGCUGCAGAAACUCCAAACCCUCAAACUGGGUCUCAACCAGCUGGAAGCCCUCCCCGGCUCCAUCGGUGCAUUGAAGGAGCUCCGCAACAUCGGCCUCUCUGACAACCGAUUCACCCGUGUCCCAGGCUGCCUCGCGAGGCUGGACCAACUGGAGAAUGUCAACCUCGACAGGAACCCCAUCCUUACCGAGCACGAUCCCAGCCAAAUGUCAGUCACGGUAACGGAGAGCCUGUACCUGGUCAAAGAGAGCUUUCUGUGUGAGUUCUGCUUGAACAAGUGCCAAACUGAGAAAAUGAAGAUAGAGAAUGUGCUGAACUAAAGGGACAAAAUUCCUGGGCACUCUCAGCUUGGUGACCCAGGAAGAACGAGUGGUGCAAUUUUAAAUCAUUAUAUGUAUGUUAUGUGACAUUUUAUAAUUUACUGUGGUUUAAAUUUAGCGCUACAGCUCCCUCUGCUGUUUUAACACCUAAAUAAAUCAAACUGAUUUAAGCCUUCA